UUUCCUCGCUUAUACGCCCCAUUGGCUUCACGCUUGCGAACUCGACACUCUGGCUAUAGGCCACGCUAACUGAGGCUGUUUACCACACGACCCGAAGACGGCGCCAUUCAUGAUGAUAUGCAUACUUUGUCUAUUUCUCCUGCGUGAAAUGACCGUCGCGGAUGCAUCGGCUUGCCACUCCGAACAGUGUGUUGUUUCGAACAGUGUCUUGCAAGAAGAAGAGGCGGCGGCUGAGAGAUAUCUCACGGGGGAGCUGGAGUCUGCCCAGAACAGGAUGUGCGCCGACAUCGCGACCGCGCUGUGGAACUACGACGCCGAGCCGAGCCAACUCACGGCUCGCAGGCUGGGCGAAACUUUGCAGCACUACUCAACUCACGCUGCCGAAGUCUGGACAAACGUGACUCGCUUCAACUGGACCUCUUUCACAAAUUAUACGCUUCGACGAGCAUUCAGAAAGUUAUCUUUCGUGGGUAAGAAGGCUCUAGAUGGAGGCAGUCUCGCUAAGUACCUUCGAUUAGAGGCCUUGCUUUCGAGCAUUCGGUCCAACGUCACCUUGUGCCAGUACAAGGGUGCCUGGAAAGAUGGCGACGAUGGUUGUCACCUGACGUUCUCAGAUUUGCGGCGCAUCAUGAGCCUCUCGGAGAAUAGUGCUGAGCGGCUCCACUAUUUCAAGGAAUGGACGAGACAGACCCGGCGUUUCGGGCAAGCCUUCUCCGAGAUACUGCGGAUUAUCAGCGCAGAAAGCAAGUUGAACGGUUUUAAGAGCGCAGCGGAUUAUGUCAUGAAUUCUUACGAAUGGCCGACGUUCAGGGAAGAUACAGAUGCUUUUUGGAACGAACUUCUUCCACUCUAUCGGCGCAUGCAUGCUCUGGUGAGAGCAAGGCUGACCAAAAAGUACGGAUCCAAGCGUGUGGUUCCCGCGUAUCCCAUAGACGUUCACUUCCUGGACACGCAGGGUUACUUGACAAGCACAGCGGCGGAUUUGACAGACCCUUUCAUGACGUCAACCUGGAACGACGAACACAUUCCCACAAACUCGAAGAGGAAAAAUAUUAGUGAAAUCGAAGCAUUCAAGGAAGCGGAGACGUUCUACGUUUCCCUCGGAUUGCCAAAGCUGCCAAAACGUUUCUGGACAAAGUCACUGAUUCAGUCGCCGGCGUCGAUGGAUGGCGAUUCCGCGUGUCAAGCGUCUGCUUGGGACUUCUGCGAUGGACAAGAUUACAGGAUCAGGAUGUGCACCGAAACGACCAUCAGCGGGCUAGGAACAUUGUUCCACGAGCUGGGCCACGUUUAUUACUUCAUGCUGUACGCGGACCUGCCACAUGUUUUUCGAACAGGCGCAAACGCAGCAUUCCACGAGGCUGUUGCAGACGCGCUUUCAUGGUUAGCCAUUCAAUCUAGACGACUUCGAGAACAUCUUGGGUUUGGAGUAACAGAUGCCGCUUCGGAGACACACCACCAACGGGCGCUUGCCUUUGACCAUGUCGGCCAACUGUUUCAUGGAAUAGCAACCAGUAUGUGGAUGUGGACAGUGCUGGACGAACCUGUGAGCCGCGAGAGCAUGGACUCACUCUACUGGGAUAUGAGGCAAGACCUAUUGCUUUAUGAAUGA